GAUAAACCCGCUAACCAACUCCACCCCUUCCAGUGAAAUUCGGUCCGUUGGCUUCAUCAUUCUGCGCUUCCUUCACUUCAAUCCUACUGCCGCUAUAUAAGUACGCUGCUUCUAUCCACCUUGUCUCCUAGUUCAGAGUCUUGAACUACUACAGGGGACUCCAAACUAGUGCCUUCAAGCUCGGUCAAGCACUAUCGCAUUCGCGGAAUCGCAGAUCAUGUGCAAUUUGGUACCCUUUUGCUUGGCACCUCAUCGUUUGUAGGGCGAACCGGCCCACUCGCCAUGGCUCCCUCGAUCGGCUCUUCUCACCGUCGACCUCCAAGAUCGUCCCGUCCAGUUCGCUCCAGCCGCACGCAAGUUCAAUCCUACCAUGAAGAAAGCAGCUCGGAAGAUCAGCUCGAGGACCCAGAGUCCGACGACGAGGAAUCAAGGCGUCUGUCUCUUUCCUUGCGCCCACGCGACUCAAAUCGCAUGCCUGUAUCCUACCGCGAAGAAUCCACUGACGGUAGUUUUGAAGGGGGCCCAAGCGAUGAGGAUCCAGACGCUAUAGUGCCCGCCGAAGCCACAACUCGAUUUACCUAUCCAUUUACCGAACAACCAGCCCACCACGAUCCAAACAGACGUCAACGUAAGCGGUCUAUGGAAACACGGUCUCAAACUAAGCGACCGAAAAGAGCCUCCAAUAAGAAGCGCUUGGAAUUGGGUAGACCCCUCAGUAAACGGAGGAAAUUCGAAGAGGAUGUUACCCCGUUCGUGGGGUCUGGUGUCAUUCCCCCUUGGCAAGCUCUUCCCUAUCAUAUCCUGUUUGACAUAUUCUAUAGCGCCGCAUAUCCCCUAGUGGAUGAGAAGACUGCAACCAGAAACAACUCAGUUCAAUGGCUUGUGAAUGUCUCUCUGCUUUGUCGCGCUUUUCAUGAGCCCGCGUUGGCUGCUCUUUACCACUGCCCCCCUCUGAUACCAUCCGCAAAGGCACACGGCUUGCUCACCUUGCUAUCAAAGCCCCAAAAGUACCUCUCUACCAAUUACAUUAACAAGAUUAGAGAGCUCCAUAUUGAUGCGGAGCUUCUCUUAACUUACAAAAGUGGCCCGGCGCUGGGAUAUUUUGAACUUCCCAAGCUGAUUGAGAAAGCCCCUCAGUUGAAAAGAUUGCGGCUCUAUCAUAGUGAUGAUUAUGUUGUUGGACUUCCUCUGUGGCAGAGGACCAAAUGGGUUUAUCCUGAAAGUCUUUUUACCUCCCUCGUAUCGAGUUUGAUCCGCUUGCGCAGCUGGGACUGGAACAGCCGCUUCAUGGAAACGAAGGGGCUACUUCAAUGCAUGAUGGAAAAACAUCUUCAACCUGUAUUCUCUGGCCUGCGGGAGCUUAGGAUGUUGCAUAUUGCUUCGGAAGAUUCUGAUGGAGAUGAAUUUGCUGAUGUAUCAAACGAAAGGGAAGUCGUUCUUGCUACCGCACUCAAGGAACUUCCGGAGCUGCGCCGCUUGGAGUUUUUAGAGUGUUCAAUUGUAAAUGAGCAUCUUUUACCGAACUUGCCCCUAACACUUACAUCGCUCACCAUAAACAAUUGCGAUGAAGUAACAACGGCAAACUUCAGUGCGUUCCUUGCUUCGCAUGGCCGACAUCUUCGAGAAUUAGCUCUGAGUCACAAUCGCCAUUUGAGCCUCUCUUUUAUCGUGGGCCUGGCACAAUCGUGUGAAAAUCUUGAGCGAUUCAAGAUGGAUAUCUCGAUACAUGACUUGUCUAGUUAUCAUGACGUGGAGCCUCACUUUAGGGAGCUCCUCAGCCCCUCGGAAGUUCCAACGUGGCCAGCUACCCUGCAGGACAUUGAGCUAAUACAGUUACGCAAGUGGGACGAUAUUACGGCGGACGUAUUCUUCACAUCCCUUAUUGAUGCAGCUCCCCAAUUGCGGAACUUACGGCGAUUAGUGAUAAGUGCGAUUCUAAAAAUUGGAUGGCGCGAUCGUGCAUCUUUUCGAGAAAAAUGGAUUGGCAGGCUCGAGAAGGUCUUCCUAAGGCAUAGCGCAUCCCCAAAUCCCGCCCUUUACACCAUUCCGUUCAUGUCUCGGCAACCAGUUUCUGGUAGCUUGGCUGACAGCCUAGUUUUGAACGAUACUACAACUCAGCCAGAUGUCCUUGGCAGCGGAUUUUCUACGCCUUCAAAACGAAAGAGCGCUCGCAUCGCCCAACGGAAACUGUCCGAAGUUGAUGAUGAUGUUGGAUUGAACACAUCUCACCACGCAGUGCCUGACAGUGACGAUGACCAGAAGCCGUUAGCUGUACAAGGCAUGUGUGACGUGGUCAUGGUUCGAAUUGAUAAUCAACGUCCGAGUGAGACACAAUUCAAUGAAGAAGACUUUCUUGAUGAUGAAGUGAGUGGUGAUGAAGACUGGAAUGGACAUGACAUGGAUGCAGGUGAUAUAACCCACGUUUGGUAACUGGGCAUCUAUUUCUUCCCUUUUUCUGUUAUUUGUCUAUAUAUAUUUUAUUAUUUGACUUUCUCAUUAUGGUGUUACCUGGAGGAUCUCUCUGCCUUCUUGCUUUUAUUUCUGUUGUUCCUUGUGUCUGGGUUCACCAUCAUUUGAGAUACACCUGGUAUAUUCGGAUGCUCUCCAGGAGUUCGGGUUAGAGUUACAGGUCAUUAUGAGCUGGAUGGCUGUAUGGAUUUGUAUGAGCUGACGGCUGAAAUUUGUUUCUUUUGUUGGUGGCAGUAUUUUGUUUAUGUAUUCAGGCUACUCGUCUGUCUAUACUCUUUCUACCUGAUUCUACAGUAGAAGCACAAUGCGAGA